AUGGUGAGGGAAAGAAGGCGGUGGAUGGUGGGCAUGGCUGGAGGGAUGGCGAUGGGAGCGACGAUGACCUUCUUUGUCAUGCUCUCACUCUUUCACGAGAGACUAUGGCCUUCUACCCGCCCAAGACGGCUUGCUACCCUGAGCAACGUCAGAGUCAGCCUCGCCACGAUCCCGAGCUGGAUGCUUUUCCGAGCGAGCAGGAGCGCGGUCUUACAGGCAGAGAAGGAGCUGGGCAAGGAGUUCGAUGUUGUCAGCGUGCAGGACUCGAUCAAACCUUUGAGCAUCUCCUGCUCGGGUGAGGACAAGGUUUCGGAAGAGAUCUGCGAACUUUCGAUGGAGCUUUCCCUAGCCCACCUGCACGGUCUCUGGUCGAGCUUGAGCGAGGUUCUUCCCUUUGCGCAGACCAGGAGACCAUCCUUCAACGAGGCUGACUCCUGCAAUGUCACGAGUAUGAGUAGCAGCUCGCACCAUGGCGUCCACCAUGUUAACGUGAAGUGCUCGAAUAUGGGAAGGAGGAGGAGAGUAGGAGCGUUCCUCAGUUUCAUCAACCGGCACACGAAAGAAGAGGAAGAGAUCCCAGUGUUGGUGUCUUGGUUGGACCAUCUGAGCCUUCCUCUCUUCGUCGCUCCCUUCGACCUCUUCCUCGUAGCUCCCUUUGAGCUAUCGUCCUUGGUGGAGAAGCAGGUUAGCCGCUUGCUAAGAAGGAGGGAUGACAAUGCUCACAAGGCUCUCUGUGUGAGAAUCCGCAAGUGGAAGGACGUUGGAGGCGGGCGAGUCUUGUGCUCGACGCCUGGUCUCGAACAGGGAAGUGUUUCAUCCAAUGUUCCGAUCAUAUGGAUCUCCAAGGUGGCUGGGGACGAAAGUUCGCAAACCAGCACCGGGAAAGUCGACCAGGUUAUUCGGACGCUGAAAGCUGUGGAGGGGUCGAUUGGGCAUGUCCACAAUUACGAGUAUUUCAUGUUUGUGGAGCAGAGUUUCUUCGUCUGUGGGAGAGUUUUCUCUCAUUUCCUGCAGAACAUUCUUUCUCUCAGACGCUCUUUCACGCUGAUUGCAUGCGGGCGGGAGCUGUCCUGCUUCCUCGGGGAGUGGAGAGACCUCAAGUUCUGGUCGAGGGCAGUCUCUGCUCCUGCAAGAGAGAGGACGUCCAAGAGCUACUCGCUCCUGCAGGUGGUGGGGAAGGAGAAGAUAGAGUUCCGAAGGCACUUCGGAGACGCCCCUUCAUUCCGCUCCCUCGAGGACAUGCUGUUUUCCGCAGACGAUGAGAAGGGAAGGCAGAGAUGCGAGAGGACUGUGCGAUUUUCUGACGAGGAGCUGCACAAGCCGGAGGCUGAGGAGACGCAUGAGGAGGAGACGCACUGUGUCGGCCACAUAGACAUGCUGGCUCCCUGUCAGGAUCCUCACAAGACCGUCUCCUUCCUCGCUCAUCCCCGGUGGUCUCAUCAGAUGAGGUCGAAGAGAAGGCUGUUGAGUGUUCAGAUCCUUGCGAACGACCGGCCGAAGCAGCUUCUUCGCACUGUCAUGCAGCUCCUGACGCAGCUGGAGCCGAGGUGUAUCACUAUCCACCUGGACCAUUCAAAGCAGGACAAGAUUGAACCGCAGCAGAAGCUUACGACGAAGGUGGCUCAUUGGCUGGGAAGCACGUUCGGGACGAAGUGGAGGAGGAACGGACGCAAGUUCCUUCCUGCCGUCACCCAUCGCCUUGGGUUCCAGCGCAACUUCGCCUCCAAGAACUUCACGGCCGACCUGACGCCUACCGACAGACUUGUGCAUGCGACUUGGAACGCACUGGCAUACGCCUUUGACGAUGACCCAGCAGGAGGAGCAUGCAGCCCGAACGCGACUGUGAUCCUCGAAGACGACCUCCUCCCCACCCAUGACGCUAUUGAGUACUUUCUGAUGGGGAAGGAGAUCAUGGACGAGGACGAGGAGGUUCUUGUAGUGUCAGCAUGGAACGACAACGGGUUCAGCUUGCGGGAGGGACUUCGAUGUGCGACGCUGAGGGGAGAAUACUUCAUGAGCUUGGGUUGGCUAACAACUAGGAGGGUGUUCGACAGGAUUACCAGCCUCCCUCACUUGUGGCCCUCGGUAUCUGUGGAGCAUGAUGGAGAGCAGGUGGUCGGCUCGGCCAUUGACGGAGGGUGGGAGCUGCCCUUCCUCAAGCUGUUCAAGGAGACGGGAGUCGGCAUAUUCCCCGCAGUUAGCCGGGUGUGGCAUCAGAGCUCGAGGAAGGGCUGGUCGGUCAACUCGCUCAUCCAGAAGCAGGUCCUCAACGCUCACACCCGCCUCUCCUCAAACGCCUCCUGCACCUCCGACUGGACGCGAGAGAAGCGGUACGACCAGCUCAUCGCCUCCACAGUCAGCAACGGCCAGUGGGUCAACCUGUCUCUCUACCCCUGCUACAAGUCCCUGCUCGCCCAGGCUGCUCCCUCCUCGUUCGUCCUUGCCACGGACCUUAAAUUCAACUCGCCACCAGUCGUGACGCUCUUCCACAUCUUCGGCCUCGUCAAGGGUUUCGGUAGAGCUCGGGGCUACUACAAGGGCGUCAUCCGCUUCUUCUUCGCGCAGCACAACCUCCUCCUCCUCAACUCCAGGUCGCCCUUCUUCCGACAAGCCCCCGCCAGAUUGAGGAAGCUGAUGCUCAACGAGCGUGAACUCUCCUCUUUCCUCGAUGGCACGUGCGCAUGGCACAGGCAGGCUUCACAUCCCCUGGCCGUCGUCAAUCUCCCUUCCAGCCCUUCUGCUACCACCAUCGUCACCCUCGCCGCGAAGCGGCAAAGCUGCAGCUCAGCUUGUUCGCAGCUGAACCGCACGUGCAAGGACUGGGCGGCUCUCUUGGCCUAUUCUCCCUCCUUCCUAUGGAGCCGAGGGAAGCUGGCACCCUUGAAUCGCUCCUCCAGCCUCCUCCGGGGACGACCGGGCGUGGGGUACGGCUCCUACCUUGCCUUUGGCAGAGAGGAUUUGCCCAUCCUCAGCAAGGGGGAGGUGCUAGACGGUCUGCCUCGGCUGUUCCGGUGCCGUGCCGUCUCCGGUGAGGAGGAAAGAAUCUGCCCCUGCCUUGAGAGGCAGUACGCGGCCAUGGCAGGAGCUUUUGGGGUGUUAGGUACUCUCGAUCGCUGA